AUGUGGGAGUUCAGGUCGAUGUUGUUUUGGCGGGCGGUGUUCGCGGAGUUCUUCGGCACCAUGUUCUUCGUGUUCUUCGGGCUGGGCGCGGCGCUGCGCUGGACCACGGGGCCCCACCACAUCAUGCACGUGGCCCUCUGCUUCGGUCUGGCCGCCGCCACGCUCAUCCAGUCCAUCGGCCACAUCAGCGGGGGCCACAUCAACCCCGCCGUCACAUUCGCCUACCUGAUCGGCUCGCAGAUGUCCCUGUUCCGCGCCUUCUUCUACUGGGCCGCCCAGCUGCUGGGGGCCAUGGCCGGGGCCGCCGUGCUCUACGGGGUCACGCCACACAACAUGCGGGGCACCCUGGCCCUCAACACGCUACAGCCCGGUGUUAGCGUGGGCAUGGCCACCACGGUGGAGGUGUUCCUCACCCUGCAGCUGGUGGUGUGCGUCUUCGCCGUCACCGACGACCGCCGCAACGGCCGCAUGGGCUCAGCCGCCCUCGCCAUCGGCUUCUCCGUCACCAUCGGCCACCUGAUGGGGAUGGCCUACACCGGAGCCGGGAUGAACCCCGCCAGGUCUUUCGCCCCUGCUGUGAUGGUCAGGAACUUUAUGAAUCACUGGGUGUACUGGGUGGGCCCCAUGAUCGGAGGCGCCAUGGGGGCGCUGUUGUACGACUUCAUGCUCUUCCCUCGCAUGCGGGGCCUGGCCGAAAGACUGGCAACCCUGAAGGGCAACAGGCCCCCAGAGUCGGAGGGCCAGCAGGACCCCCGCGGGGACCCCAUCGAGCUGAAGACCCAGGCCCUAUAA